AAGAAAGAAAGUCAUACAAAUCUGGGAUGGCAUGAGGGUGAGUAAAUGAUGAGAGAAUGUUCAUUUUUGGGUGAACUAUCCCUUUAAGAUAAGAGAUUCUUCUCCUCUUAUACUUACAUAAAAGUAUCACAUAAAAUGCAUUCUGUUUUUGUAUUGCCAGUGGUCUGUAACGAAAAAAAUACGCUGUUUAAACAUAUACAGUCAUUUUUUGAGAUGCAUACCAAGCCUGGUCUCAGGCUAGAAAGAUUUUAAGAGGAGCAAUGUGCAGUUUAAUCUAUGAUGAUCUGGUAUAAAUCUGUGCGAAAAAGCUUAGACUGUAAAAGAGUGAGGGGAAUAAACUAAAUAUAAGGGGUUAGACUGAGAUGCAGGAGAGAGGAAAGAUAGUGGGGGAAGUGGGUGACACAGAUGAGCAUGCUGUUAAUAGCACGCGCCGAGAAUAGCUCUCACAGGGGAGCAACACAAUGAAAGAUGCAGUCUGAAUGUCAGAUGAUAGAUAAAUGGGUGUCAUCCUACACUGAGGCAUUGCAAUAUCUCCUCUUAACAACAAUUUAUAAUCCUAGAGUAUUCUCAAAGACCUUUGAAAAUAUGAAUGUAUUUUGAAAGCUGCACUGAUUGCGCACGCGGUAGAAUGCACAGGUCCAAAUGCUCCUAAGUCGAGUAUUAAUAUUUAUGUGCAUAAGAUUAUAUGAACGCUGCUAUAUGGUGCCUCCAACCCCCAAUGAUGCUGCACAAGAAAUUUAAACGGAGGGAUUAUCAUCGUUUAGUUUCCGCCCUUAAGCAGCAGAAAUGCAAACAAAUGUGACUGGAUCCUUAUUCUGGUGAGUCUGGCCGGUUUGAAUCAAACCUCACCCCUCCCUAUCUUCCAGCUCUUCGCACAGUCGCAGUCGGCGGAGAUGCUCUUGCAGAGGGCGAAGAGCCGCUAUCGCUGCUGGCUGUAACGUACAGCAAAAAGAAAAGAUUCGGCAUCACCGCAUCCGAUUCCUCCAUCCGUGAUGCGAUGCACCGGCGAACAGCGCUGCCAUUAAUUAUAAUGGAAAGACAGCAAGGACGUAAAAACAUUUAAAACAGGCGCCUCUCCUCUGAGAGAUAAGAAUGAGUGAGGAGGUGCCAGUUACCCCCAGCUGGUUGGCCCAAGAGCCCACCUGGGGCAGCAGUGGUGCGGGAAGCCCAGAGAACUUCACCGCCGGAACGUACCCACCUGCGGUUCUGCCGGCGAGGCCACCUGAUGAGCUUCUGGUGAACCCCUGGGACAUCGUGCUGUGUUCCUCUGGCACCCUGAUAGCCUGUGAGAAUGCCCUGGUGGUUCUUGUGAUCUGGCAGAACCCAGCUUUGCGCGCCCCCAUGUUUUUGCUGAUUGGCAGCCUGGCUCUAGCUGACCUGCUGGCUGGCCUGGGGUUAGUCCUGCACUUUACCUUUGCUUAUCUGCUGCGCUCUGACUCGGCACAGCUCCUGACUGUGGGUCUGGUGGUGGCUUCCUUCUCUGCAUCCAUCUUCAGCCUGCUGGCGAUCACCAUUGACCGCUACCUGUCAUUGUACUACGCCCUUACCUACAACUCUGAGCGUACAGCUGCCUUCACAUACACCAUGCUUGUGCUUCUAUGGGGAGUGUCACUGUGCCUGGGUUUGCUGCCUGUCACUGGUAUCAACUGCCUGGGCCAGGAAGCAAACUGCAGUGUGGUGUGGCCACUGACAAAAAACAACGUGGCUGUUCUGUCCGUCUCCUUCCUUCUACUGUUUGGCCUAAUGCUUCAACUUUAUGUGCAGAUCUGCAAAAUUGUCAUGCGACACACACACCAAAUCGCCCUGCAGCACCACUUUUUAGCAGCGAGCCCCCAUUACGUCACCACCAGGAAGGGCGUCUCCACCCUGGCGAUCAUUCUGGGCACUUUUGCCGCCUGUUGGAUGCCAUUUACAGUCUAUUCGCUUAUAGCUGAUUACACGUACCCACCCCUCUACACCUAUGCCACUUUGGUGCCUGCCACUUACAACUCCGUCAUCAACCCCGUAAUUUAUGCCUUCCGCAAUCAAGAGAUCCAGAAAGCGCUGUGGCUUGUGUGCUGUGGCUGUAUCCCUGCCAGCGUGGCCCAGCGGGCACGGGUCCCCAGCGACGUCUGAUGCAGGGGGCAGCUUUUUAACGCUGGAAGCAUAGGGAAUUGCACAGGCCUAGUCAUGCUCAGUCUCCAGCUGCAGAUAUUCCCAAAUCCUGGGAAAGAGGGCCGUGUGUCAACUGUUAAUGUCUUCCCCUAAUUGUAACGUGACUACCACUGCCACACAAUUUUUGCCUGAUCCUGAUCUGACCAGCUGCCACACCCUGUCCAGAAAAAGGGUGGAAAUGGAUGCUAUGUGGCUGGCUGCUGUAAAUAUGUUGUACAUAUAUACGCUUUUGCAUUUUUAGUGCUUGUUUGGCUUGGCCACAGUGGCAGCCUCUGUUACACAGGCGGUGAAGGGGGAGGUGGAGGAUGAGGGGCAGCACGGGGCGGCCCUCUUGACUGGAUCCUGAAGCUCAUUCAUCCCGUCCUGCUGUUGCUGCAUUCAAGAAUGUGCGCUGAACGUUAAGUAACCACGGAGUGCUAAAAAUAGACAAGGCGCUCUGUGAUCUGCGCCUUGCAUCCUCCAAAGAAACCGACCUGGAGGGAGAGAGAGAGAGAGAGAAAGACAGCCUUCGCCAUUGUGCCCUCUCUCUUCUGUUUGUCAUCUCGCUUCUCAACCCAAGCGUGCCCGAAUGUAAAAUUUCUUCCAAAGCAGAAAACCACGAAGAGCUAAAUACAAUCUCAGAAUGAGAACCACUCUAUAAAUAACCGAACCCAUUGAUGCCUUUAUUCUGUUUUUAUUUUAUUAAAGUUUAACUGGCAAUCGUUUUUGCUCAUUGCUCAUCUUCCAUAAAUGCGGGAUGAAGAUGACUAGGGCCCGGGAGAAAGUGUAUGUUAAUUUAAACAGCCCCCCUGUGAAUAGCGGCUUACUUCAUAUAACUGUUGAGUACUAAACGUGCAUCAAGUGGCUGAGAAAAAGAAGCUUGUUUAUUUGCAGCGACAAGGAGAAUGGAACCGAAUGUAUUUUCUAUUGAUUUGCUUUUAAUUUACAUUGUGCCCACAAAUGCUUUGAAUAGAGCACUGCUCCUUUAUUAUGUUCAAUUGGUAAUGACUGCUGGAUCCAGUAUAGCCAUCGCACAAUUGUAAUUAAUAGCAUUGUGCUCGAUUAUUCAAUGUAUUGCGUUUAUAAAGAAGGAUGAUUUGGCCCCAACAUGAGAUAAAAAUAAUUAGAGGGUGUCUAACAAAGCUCAUCAAGAAAAUGCUGGCUUAAUAUUUCACCUCAAACUUAAAUGAAAAUAGAAAGAAAUAGAAAUUAUAUAGAAAUAUAGACUAUAACGUUUUAGAACCAUUAAGACUUUCUGC